UCCGUGUUCAACAAGUGGAACAUUUGAUAUAAUAACGAUAAGAAAAGGUUUGCUAAUAAAACGUAAAUAGGCUUUUGAAGAAUUUGUUCAUGCAUUUACUAACUGGAAUAAUGGAGUAUUAAGUAUCUUGAUCGUAAACAUAAAAUACGUUUCGCUGUUCGACCUUGUAUAUUCAAAGGCAAUACAAGGCGCUUGUGGCAAAAUUGUUAUCAUAUGAUACGAAAGAAGAGUAUCAAUGUGUUCAUCGGAUAUUAACACAGACAGGUGAACCGUGUGGAUCAGUUUCAGGACAGUUGAAUGAAUAUUUGCUUUUAUGCAAUAAGUAUAUGAAAUCAAACUUUCUGUAAAAAUAGUUCUUGAUUAUUCAUGAAGGAAUCGACAUCUACGGAUUCUGCUAUGAAUUUAACUCGCACACUAAUUAAUGACAUGGGCAACACAGAACGCUUACCUUCUUGUGGAAAGGAAGUACUGCAUUUACGGGAACUGGAUUGCAAAAACGAUCCGGACACAGAAACCUUACUUCUUGAUAUGGAAUCAGAAGGAUUAAAAAGAGAUUUAAAAGGAAUGAAAUCUUAUGAGAAUGCACCAGUUAAAGAAGAUAGGCAAGACUUUGCUGACCUUGACACAGGAUGGGCUUGGGUUAUUUUGUUUGCAGCUUUCCUAAGUUUUGGUCUAUUCGGAGGCUCCAUGCAUUCUGUGGGCAUCAUACACAACGUCCUGUUGGAACAUUUUCAGGCAAGCGUCGCCCUCACGGCCUGGGUAGGCGCAUUACACACGGGUAUUCUUUCACUCGGUAGUCUCCUAUCAACUGCGGUGGUUGACCGAUUCAGCUGCAGAACUGCCAUCAUUUGUUCGGGACUAAUUUACACCGUUGGCUAUAUGGCGACAGCGUUUAUGCCAUGUAUAGAGGCUGCAAUAUUUACCUGUGGCAUUAUCGUCGGCAUCGGAGGUGCCUUUGGAUACACCGCGGUAAUGGUGGUUGUUGGUUUUAACUUCAAACGACGUCGUAACCUUGCCCUUGGCAUCUCUCUGUCCGGAAGUGGAAUUGGACUCUGUGCAUUUGCCCCUAUUUUGCAGAUGGCAAAGGAUUUUUAUGGCUUUUCAGGGUUUUUUAUUUGUUGCGCUUGUAUGCAAAUUAAUCUAGUGACCCUCGGGAUGCUUUGUUUUCCCAGUGCAUUGGAGAUCCAUGCCAAUAAAAUUCGACAAAGAGACAAGGAAUCUUCAAUACGGAACAAAAAUAUUUUCAAAAGAAGAGUGACACCUUACCUGAAUGUUUUGCUUAAUAAAGGAAUCGUUUGUUUGUGUUUAAGUAUGUUUUUGUACGGUGCAGGGACGUAUUUGCUUUUCUUACACUUGCCGAAAUAUAUAACAACAAAAGGAUUUUCGGAACAUCAGGCAGCUUAUCUAGUAUCUUUAAUAGGUAUUUUGGCAGUAGUAGGUCGUAUUUUAACCGGAAUUGUGGCAAACAAUCCAAACUGUAAUGAAACCAUUGUUUACGCCGGAUCCAUGACAAUAAUUGCCAUAACAACGAUAGUGUACCCAUUUGUUUCUCGGCACUAUAUAGGCCACAUAGUGUUCACAAUAUCCUUAGGUCUUUUCUUUGGAUGUUGUUACGUUGUCACGACUACCGUGUCCCUGAAGUUUGUUGCUAUCGACUACAUUGCAACCUCGAUUGGUCUCGAGUUUAUGUGUUGUGGAGUGGGAGCGGUCGUAGGGCCGGUUAUUGCAGGAACGCUUGUGGAUUCCGGUGGAACCUAUGACCAUUCCGUUAUCGUUGCAGGAGUUUGCAUUUUGAUGGCUGCAGUCUGUGGAGCAAUUUCCAAUUGCUUUGUUACAAAGAGAAUGGAUGUUACUACUACAGCUGUUGAGUAGAAAGGCACCUCAUUCAAUGCUGGAUACCAAUCUUGAUGCUACAAAAACAAGUUUUCAUUUAAGCUGUACUCGCAUAUAAUAGGUUGUUAUUGGAAAUAAAUGAUGGUAAAUAUUCUAGGUUAGAAGAACACGUCAUAAAGAUGCCUUAGAGAAAAUAAUCAUCAUGAAAUAUCGAUAACGACUUGGUUCAGUUAGUGUUAUGAUCUUGAUCUACAUUGUAGUGUAUGUUUGUAUAUAUUAUUGUUCUAUAGAUGUUGUGCAUAAAAUACGCGACAUAUGCUACCUUUCUCAUUGGUACUGUACGUGUAAGGACGAAGAUAUGUGUAAACUCAGUUUGUUGCAAGACAAACAUGCACAACGACUUCCAAUUCCGCAUUCUGUAUUGAUGUGUUCAAACAUAUUUUAAAUGCAUAUAUGUCUAAAACAUUUAGUUUUGAUUAUCAACUCAAUGCAAUGGGAACUGCCCAGUUGUUUAAUUUGAACAAAGACACUGACCGAAUGCACGUAUAUACAAAAUCGCACGUAUUCUAAGGAUAUUAGAAAAAAAGAGAGAUUUCUUUCGGUGAUUAGAACGAGAGUUUUGUCAUCUCAAUCAUUAUUUUUCCGGUUUCUUGUUAGCCAUUGAUAGUUGUUUCUGAUAACAUCUGCUAGUAGAUACUUUAGUAUCCUGAGAUCUCUCUCUCUCUCUCUCUCUCUCUCUCUCUCUCUCUCUCUCUGUGAUCACUGCUGCGUGAAAUAAAACUAAUUACUUCGCAGCAUGCGCAUUUUAUUGAGUCUGUUAACAUCAAGGAACUUAGCACUACAUUCCCUCUGAAAUAUUUCGUUUACUUUUACCCAGUUAUUGUGCCAUAUAGCUUGAUCGUUUUUUGGAGUACUUUUGGUCGAUUAAGUAAAAUAAGGUUUCUGGAAAUAUAUCAUUACCAUUGUUCAGAAUAAAGGCAGGAGUGACUUAAAUAUAUCAACCACUGAACGACACUCGCAUUGUAAAACAACGAUUUCAUAUAAUGUUUGUAAUUUAUAUGCGAGGCCUUUAUCCUAUUGCAUAAGGUCGUGAUUAAUAACAGUGUGAGAUAUUUGCAGAUGUCUUUCUUUGUAACCGACACACUUCAAGUGAUAACAACGUGACGUCGUAUUUUACACUUCCCUAGUCUGCACAAUGCUAAUACCACUCCUCACUCCAAUGGAUAUUACUCCUGCAAACAUUUAUACUUAU